AUUUUCCUAAAUUCCUUGACUAGAACACGGAAGUAGGAUUGGAUACGACUGUGUCACAGACAGAAGGGGAUUUAGUUAUACAUGUCUUUGACUUUGUUUUGAAUUCCCUGCGUAGAGUAACGAAAGAUCAACUGACUAAACUGAAGACUGAAAAUGUCUAAACUACAGUUGCUGCGUGUGUUUUUGAAUGAUCGUUUAACGGCGGCUGCUGUAGAGAUUUUCGGGGCAGUUGAGAAAACGGUAGUGGAGUACCAGGAGGAGAAUGAUCGGCUACGGAGCCUGUUGCGGAUCACACCGGAGGUACCACUAUGUAGAAUAGACUCCCUGCAGCUCUCUGUCUCUGAAGAGGAGGUUCCCCCUGAGCAGCAGCACUGUGAGCAGGAGUGGAGCCCCAGUCUGGGGCAGAAGGACCCAGGGCCCACACAGAUUAAAGAGGAAGAGGAGGAAGUCAGGACCAGUCAGGAGGAAGAGCAGUUUCAAGGUCUGGAGCCUGAUAUCAUGGAGUUCAUAUUCACUCCUUCAGGUGUGAAAAGUGAAUGUGAUCAGGAGGACCCACUUCAGUCCUUGACUCUUCCCCAAACCCAGACUGUCGAGAACAGAGAGAGAGACUCUAAACCAGUGGAUCUGAAACCUUUUGCCACUGUGACCCACAUUAAAGGUCUUGACAUUCACUGUGACCGUACAGAUACACAAAAUAUUGCCUUCAGCCACAGCUCAGCCGUAAGCAGAGACCCAGUAGGACUCGACAACAGCCCACCAUUGCAUCCUAAACCACCAUUGGAUCCAAACCCACCAAUGGGGGAACACUGUUCCAAACUCAGCACCACGUCUAGAAAAACUCACCACUGCCGUGACUGUGGUGCAACGUUUCCUCUGAAAGCUGAACUGCAGAGGCACGUGACUCUUACCAAGAAUAUAAUCAGCGAAUGCCGCUUCUGCAAUAAACAAUACAAUUCCACCUGUAAAUUGAAGGCCCAUAUCCAACUCUGUCACAUUGAGAUAUCCUGCACAUGCCCUGUUUGUGGCAAGACCAUCAAACACAAAGGAGAUCUGUCCAGGCACAUGAGUAUUCACACAGGAGAGAAACCAUUUAGCUGUGGUGACUGUGGGAAAAGCUUCAAUCAGAAGGGGCACCUGAACUUGCACAUACUGAGUCACACAGGAGAGAAACCAUUUAACUGUGGUGAUUGUGGGAAAAGCUUCUAUCAGAAGGGAGACCUAGGGAAUCAUAUGCUGACUCACACACAAGAGAAACCAUUUAGCUGUGGUGACUGUGGGAAAAGCUUCUAUCAGAAGGGACACCUUACAGAUCAUAUACGGACUCACACAGGAGAGAAACCAUUUAGCUGUGGUGAUUGUGGGAAAAGCUUCAAUUUGAAGGGAAACCUAAGAAAGCAUAAACUGACUCACACAGGAGAGAAACCAUUUAGCUGUGGUGACUGUGGCAAAAGCUUCAGUCAAAAGACUAACCUGCUGACGCAUGUCAAAAACAUCCACAAAGGAAGAAAACAGGAUGAAUAGUGAAAGAAUAAAGAAAAUUAGGAUAAAUAUGUUCAGUCAGAAGAUAGGAAUAACAGGCAGGAUGUGGACAACACUCGUAGGAAAGGAAAGCUACUCUGGAUAAUUUAUGCGGUUGGUUCGAGAUCAAUAGAUGGUGGUGUGAUGGAUUUACUAUUGUAAAACAUUCUAUAUGAAUACAGUUUGAUUUGAAUUAUGAUGUAAUGCUUAAACAUUACACAGCAUUGUAGGAAGCUCACAGGUCUGCUGUUCUGUCUGAUGUUUUCAGGUUAUUAGAAACAAGGAAUUCCUGGUAAUUUGUUUUCGAAUGUCUCUCAGGUGAUGAGAGAAUGGUCUGACUGAUGCCAUUGACACAUUAAAACGUUAAAACACUUUCUGUAAAAUAUCUCAUCAAACUAUUUCCCAUCGAUUUUUGACCAAAUCUUGCUCAUUCAUGAUAUUGAUUUCAGAUUUUAUGGAGUAAUGAUAUACAGUAGACUCCUGAUAAUUGAUUAAAAGCAUUCCAGGUGAAGCUGGUUGAGAGAAAAUAGUCAAAAUAAAGAAAAACCCUUGGUACUAUAUAGUACCAGUCAACAUUUUGGACACACCUACUCAUUCAAGGGUUUUUCUUUAUUUUUACUAUUUUCUACAUUUUUACAUUUUCUACAAUAAUUUUCACAUAGAUUUUUAAGGUUAAUAUAUAUAAAAAUCUAAAGGAUGUAAUUCAACCAGACAGCGCCCCGAUAUCAUGGUAAAAGGCCACACUUCCCACAGUAAAUGGCGAGACCUGCUACACUAUGAAACCACACACCAUUACAGAGACUUUAAUAUUACCGCCAGCAAUUGAUAUGGUGAAACCAAUGUGAGGGGAGACAGACACACAGAAACUCACAUCAAUACCUUUGUCAGAUAACACUGUUACACUAAGAAUUUAUGUUACCCAAUUAUGAUAAUAAUAUUACGUAUUGGAUCACUAAAAAAUACAACUUUAACAUUACCGUGUAGUUUACCAAUAAAAUGGUCUGAUGGUGAAGUGGACAUACUCAGUAUACAUAUCCCUAAAUAAAUGCAUCUCACUACAAUACAUUUUAAUAGAAAGUUAGCAAAAAAAAAUAGAUAAGAUCUUGCUAUCUUGGAAAGGAAAAUACAUUUUUAUUUGUGGAAAAAUCACCCCGAUUAAAUCUUUUGUCAUAUCUCAGGUUACCCUGAUUUAAAUCUUUAGUCAUAUCCCAGUUUACCCUGAUUUAAAUCUUUAGUCAUAUCCCAGUUUGCCCUGAUUAAAUCUUUUGUCAUAUCUCAGGUUACCCUGAUUUAAAUCUUUAGUCAUAUCCCAGUUUGCCCUGAUUAAAUCUUUAGUCAUAUCCCAAGUUGCCCUGAUUAAAUCUUUAGUCAUAUCCCAGUUUACCCUGAUUAUUAUUAUUUUAUUUUUUAUCUUUAUUUAACUAGGCAAGAUCAGUUAAGAACAAAUUCUUAUUUUCAAUGACGGCCUAGGAACAGUGUGUUAACUGCCUGUUCAGGGGCAGAACGACAGAUUUGUACCUUGUCAGCUCAGGGGUUUGAACUUGCAACCUUCCAGUUACUAGUCCAACGCUCUAACCACUAGGCUACCCUAGUCAUAUCCCAGUUUACCCUGAUUAAAUCUUUAGUCAUUUCCCAGUUUGCUUAUGGACUUGCCUACACCUAGCGACCAGUUUAUUUUAAAUUAUCUCAGAAAAAAAUAUUCAGUUUUAUUUGGAACGGCAAGCCAGUCAAAAAUAAACGGGCCUAUUUAUAUAAUGAAUAUGAAUUUGGUGGGCAGAAAUGAUCAAAUAUUAAAGCAUUAGACCUCUCACUAACAGAUCAUGAAUCAUGUCUCACCUGAUGUUCAAGAAUGGCCUUUUUCCCUUUUUUCAGAUUACAAUCUCUCACUUUCGGUUAUUUGAAAAUGAAAUAAUCUCCAAAAUAUUGCUAUUUUUUUUAAACAAGCAAUAGAAAGUUGGUUGCAAUUUCAGUUUAAUCCACCAGAAAAUAACAAAUAAUAAAACAAAUAUUAUGAUUUAACUCGUUGAUUAAAAACAUACAUUAUUAAAAAAAGAUAUGAAUAAUCUUUGUAAAGGAUAUCAUAAAUAGGACUGGUAGAGUUAUGUCACACAUGCAGCUAACAAAAAUAUAUGGAAAUGUCUACUCUAUUCAAAAUUACAACCAACUAAUUGCAGCAUUACUGCAAAAAUCGUAUAGGCAAGUGGAAGGGGGAAAAAAGUAUAUCGGCCCUGCAUUGAAGAGCAACGUUGAUUAAAGAACAUUGGGCUAAAUGGAAAAAGUAUACCCGUUUCAUUUAAGGACCAAAACAUUUACAACUGUGCCAUAUAGUUGGGAAGAGAUUUUUGAUGUACCGAUUCCAUGGCACAUGGUUUAUGAAUUGAGAAGCAAAACGAUGCUGGAUUCAAAAUGCUGAAUUUUUCAAUUUAAAUGAUUAUACAAAAUUCUUGCAACCAAUUGAAUGUUAUAUAUAUGGGGGAUACAACCUUACCAGCUCUGCAGAGUUUUGCUGCUUAGUUAAAUAUAUGGCAAAUAGAAAUAAAACUGGGUGGACGUUA